GCAGAGAGCGGUGGAACGAAAUACAACUCUUCUUUGUGUGACCUGAUUAUCACAGGAGUUUGAGGCGACAGUAACACCAUAUGUUGCUCUAAAUACAGCCAUGGGUGUGACAUUAGAGAGAGUGCAGUUCAAAUUUGCCUCCAUAAUUGGAGAACUCUGCAGUGAACCAGAUAUCCUUUCACAAUUUGCUGUCUGGGUGGAUCUCCGACUAGCAGAAUACAAAUUGAAAGGAUCCAUAUCUUUAGAUUGCUCUGGUGAAACCCCUGACCCAGUAUGGCUGCAUGGUAUUCUCAGUGCAAUGUUAGCUCAAAAAAUGGCAAAUCAGAAAGCGGCACCCAAGCCUUCGGGCCACAAUCAUGGAAUAUUGCUUUCUGAAUCAAAUAGAAAUUUUUUGCAUGGAAGAUCUUCAGCAUCGAAGUCCCAUAGGCCUCGAAGCUAUCAGCCAACUUCUAACAAGGACGAGGUCACAUCUUUGUCACCUGUGAUAAAAGAAGAGCCUCAGGAUGAAGACAUCUACCCAGUGGGAUUCCAUGUACAUGAAGUUCCUGGAGCUGGAAGAAAACGCUCUGCAACAGAGACAAUUACAAGUCAGGAAGACUCGCAAGACGGUGAUAUGUUGUACUCUCAUUCAACUCCAAAACAAAGACGUUCAGACACGGGUGGAAUUGUGGACAAUGAAAGCCUCAUGUCUAUUAUUGGUGUGGGGAGAGCAUUCAAACAAUGUUUCAGAAUUAUCCAGUGAGAUAAUAAGAAGCACAACAGAUAGAAUAUUAGAGAGUGAAGAGGCUGCUAGUUUAAAUCAGGAAGGAAGUUCUCUCUCCCAGCAAGAUUUACCCAUUUUCCCAGUGCAGAUGGGACAGUCUGUUAGCCCUGGAGCUAAUUCUGAUGCCUUGGCCUGGCAUGGAUGGACUUUUGGCGCUUUUAUUACUCCAGGAAGUGUUAACCCAGACUUUGUAAAAGCAGAAGCAGCUGCAGCAUCAAAGCCUAGUGAAAAGCUGCAUGUACACAAGCCAUUUCGAUAUGGAGUCCCAAGUAAAGUGUGUAGAGGACAAGGAAGAGGCACUGGACCAAAUAGCAGGGAUGAACGGACUAGCUUGAGCAGCUGUCCUGACAAGAACUCCAGGAGUUCAGCCACAAUAUUUGAGAGAUGGCUUAACAGCUGCUCAGGUAGAUACAGUAGAAGUCGUGUUGAAACAAUCCCGCCAGAGGAUCUGGAUGGCCUUUUAGCGGAUUUCCUGGCAGUAGUUAAAAAAACUUCUGGUGGAGACUAUGAUGCUGUUUCGUUCUCAAACCUUCGGUACAACUUGGACCGUUACCUCUCGGCUAAAGGUUAUGGACAUGUUAUCAGCAAGUCGCCACUGUUUGGAAGAAGCCAAGCUGUCUUCAACAGUAGGAGAAGUCAGCUGAAAGCCAAAGCUACCAAAAGUGGUGGCCCUCUUACCUUUACUUCACCGCCCACUCUAAUACCACAACCAGAUGAACAGCAAUCUCUAAACUCCGGGAGUGAGGAAAAUGCCCAGGAGAGUAGUUGAUCUGACAUUAACAUGUUUAGAAGAAUGAUGUUGAUGAACUUUUGCAAAACAUAAGAAAUCAUUAAAAUAGUCUUAAACAGUUGAGGAUCAGCGGUAAGAAGGCUGUGAUGUGUUUUUGCCUACAUGCAUGUGAACAUCUGACUAUUCUUUUUAACAAACUGAAGAAAUACCUGUUUACUUAAAACAAAAUUUGAAGGUUAUUGACCUAAUACAUCCAUUUUGAUUGACGGCUGGUAUAGGAAUGUCUGUUUCUGGUUGUACAUGUUAAUCAAAAAACCGUUAGUACAAAGUUUCAUUUGUGAAUUUGAGAUAAAGAGGUGAUUUUGUUCAUUAGAACAUCUUUGAUGUUGCUCCUAUUUUGACUGGAUGUAGACUUGUAUAAUCAGGUCAAUUUACUGCCAUGAUGUAUUAAAACUGGGUUCAGUACAAGUGGAAUACAACUUUUUGAACAUGAAAUAAAGGUAGAAUGCUUUAAAUUGGCAUGUACAUGGCUCCAGAAAGAUUUGUUCAUGUUUGUCCAUGAAAUGUCAACUGCCUAGCCACUGAUGUAUGUGGUCGAUCUGGUAAAUACUCUGUUGGGCUUGAUGCGUCCAGGAAACUUUAUAAAAUUUGAUACCAACUGGAUAAUGUUUUCCUUUAAGAAUGCUGAUAUGUUAUACAGACAGCCUCUGGUGAGUGAAAAAAUUUCUCACAAACAAAAGUCCCAGCUUCCCUGCAAAUUUCUUCUAUUCUGUUUUCAGUUCUGCCUCUGAAUUUAUAGUAAUAUUAAAUAUCAGUGAAAAUUAAAUAAUCCAAACAUAUUACAGGCCUUACUCCCAUGACUGAUCUUUAUAGUGCACUGACUGACCAAUGGUAUUACCAGUAGGUCCAACAGAUCUGUGACUAUCGGCUCCAAACAUCAGUUUUUAAACAAUCUUUAGGUCCUACAUUUAUGAUGUGAAGAUGAAUGUCCUGAAACGUAGUGGAUGAAAUGAAAUGAAUUUUCUAACUCUGGUGAGAGUAAACCUGUAAUACUGAACCUAAUUUCUGUAAAUGUGAGCAGGCAAUGGUGUGUGUUUGGUAAUGUUUGUCUCCCAAAGAAAGACAUUCUCACAUUCCUCAGUAUUUAUGAACUAAGCAUUGUGGUUCACAGUAAUGAUGCUCUAGGUGGUUUUACAUAUCCAAAUGUGGAGAUGCUAAAACACAUCGUAGGUAUACACUCUAAAUUGGAACUACAUGUACAAGUACUUCGGUAAACUGGUGACAAUAAAAAAUGCCCCAUAGGACUCUGUCUGCUUCGGUUCCAGACCCCCAAAAACUUACCAAUGAGUUAAUAGGAAGUUUACUUCUAGCAAUUGAGGCACAUUAUACAUGUAGGAGAGGCUUUUAGAGCUGGUAGCAUAAUUUUCAGACUUUCAGUAUGUGUAUGUAAGGCUCCAAACAUUUGAUACCUUAAUUGGACACCCUAAGCGAUGUUUUUAUGUUCUGUAACCAGAAAAUGACCAUCUAAAAAGUUCUACACUGGAAAGAAAACCACUGCUUUCUGCCUGAUCAUAACAUCUCUAGUGUUCAAGACAUUGAUGACAAAAUACAGUGGCUGGCUGUCAAACAAAGCAAGUGGAGGGCCUGAAGGUUCUACCCUGAAUUGCUACCCGGCUAAUUUCACUUCUCUGUGUGUGGGACAAAAUGACAACUUCCAGAUUCACGAACAUGUAAAACUGGAAAAAGAAAGACAAAAGAGUAUCAGAAGAAUAGUAUCUUGUGUCAAAACAUUUGAACGUUGGGCGUCAUCUUUGUUCUUUGAAACUCGUAACAUUGAGGACAUACCACCAGCAGAGUUGGACGUCUACCUUUGUAAAUUUUGGAACACAGUAACAAAACAAGAUGGGGGAAAGUACGGCUUUGAUUCCCUGGUCACUUUGAGGUCAGGAUUAGAGCGCCACUUGCUGUCCAGAGGAUACCAGUACAAAAUACGUUCUUCACCAUUAUUUUAUAGAAGCCAAGUGGCAUUUAAUUUUCGAAAGAGGAGGUGAUAUGACAUACUGUAAAAAACUUGUAGUACAGAUAUCGCUGCAGUUGAUACAUACACACCUACAUUGUACAUGUACUUAUGUAUCUUCAGCAUAUUUGUGGUAUUUGAGGCAAUAUGCUUUUUUAAGCAUGUGUACGAGCUGAUGACUGUGCAAUAUUUUACUUUCUUCUUGUCUUCGCAAUGGAUCAAAAAUCCAAUUUUUAUUGAGCAGAAUUACAAAGGAUUUUGGAUAGACUUCAAGAGUUCGAUUGUUGGAUGACAUCAUUUGAAACUUGGCACAUGCUGAAUCUUACUUAACAGACAAACUUGAUCCUUGAGUUCACUGUUUCAUCUUUUAUUAUUAAACUUUUGAAAUGCUGAUGAAGCUGAAAGAGAAUGGCUCUGUAACUACGUCUAUUGCAGUGUAGCUUUUAUUGAAAAAGUAAUAAAAAAAUGUCAGUAAGAAAUAGUUGUGAAUGUGUACUUGUAUAAAUAAGAAAAUUACAUGAUAGUGGUUUGCAUUUGGUAUAUUUGUGAUGUAGAAUAAACCCAUUUUCAUGUAGCCUUACAUAAUCUGUGAUAAGAUGCUGCUUUUAUAUAUCAUGCUUUUCUAAGCAUUCACAAUCUUAUGAGAAUUACCUAACUUUUCCCAGCCUGUGGUAGGUAUAGUGUGUAUUGGAAAUAUGUAUAAAAAUCAUAAGAAGGAAUAUCUGGUGAGGAAAUUUUGAGCAAAAAAUAUUAUUUCAGCUCAGAUAAUGGUAAUUAUGAGGCAAGUAACACUGCAUAUUUGAGAUGCAGGUCUUUUCAAUUCA